AUGCGCAGAAUAACGAUAACACCUAAUGAUGUUCGAACUGAUAAGGCUUUAGCAUGGUUAGCAAAUGAAUUAGCAUUAGCAUGGGCACAUGAUCGCAUACCACGUGAUGGCAUACGUCCAUUGCCAGAUUUGUGGUUUAGCUUAUUUCCAGAGGUACCGGUACCAAGUGAGAAAACAUAUUGUGCACCAAAAAGUAAUGGUAGCUUGAAUGUAAUUAUUAGUCGCAUGUUAAAAACAUUUUGGUCUGCUGGAAUUGAACAACUCCGUUCACGAGAACUUUGUGGCGAUUUAAUCGUAUCCGGACAUACUAUAUCAUUAUUUAUGGUCGCAUUGGCUCUAAAACAAUAUUGCCCCAAGAAACUUUAUUGUUUGGCUCAAUUGUGCUAUUGUGCCACAUUUAUAGCUGUCCCUUGCAUUUUAUUGGCCAGGAAACAUUAUACAAUUGAUGUUCAUUGUUAUCAUCAAGGUGAUUUCGAUCAAAUUCCUUUAAAGCAAUCAAUUUGGGCUUUUAUGGUACCAUACUUGGAAGAAGAUGCGCCACCACCGCAGUAUUUUCAAAAUCGAUGGAAAUGGCCGUCAAAUUGUCAACAAUAUUUCCGAAAAAGAUUGCUAUGA